AUGGCGAUCUCGCACCUCCAGCCCGUCGUCAUCCUCCUCGUGCUCAGCGCCUUCGCGUCGCUUCCCACGCAGGCCGCCGCGAGAGGCGGCCACGAUCCGUUAGAUGAUGGGGCUCAUGAGCCAUUUUCACGUAAACUUCUUGAAGAUAAGCCGCCUCAGAUCACAGAAGAGAUGGUCCGUGGAUACAUGAGCAAUGCUGAGCUUGAGGCUGCUGUACAUGCCUUUGGAAGUCGUUGUUCUAAUAUCUCCAGGGUGUACAGCAUUGGAAAGAGUGUGAAUCAUUUUCAAUUGUGGGUGAUUGAAAUAUCGGACAAGCCCAGGCAAAGAGAAGCUGAACCAGCAUUCAAGUUCAUUGGAAAUGUUCAUGGUGACGAGCCUGUUGGAAGAGAGGUUCUUAUGCAUCUUGCAAAUUGGCUGUGUGAUAACUAUCUGAAGGAUUCACUGGCAACUCUCAUUGUUGAGAACAUGCACCUUCAUAUACUUCCGACAAUGAACCCUGAUGGAUUUGCUCUUAGAUGGCGUGGGGCUCUUGUUGCCAACUAUCCAUGGAUGGAACUAGAGACACAAGGUGUUUUCUUCUUCUACUUAAUUACUUACAUUCAUUUUUUCAAGUAUCUCAAUUAA